AUGUCUCUGCUUUUGUUACUAUUUGUGCUUGCUGAAGCUGCCUACGCUGGCUACGGACCAGUACCAGGACAAACAUACCUCCUGAAGGACACGGGUACUGGCAAAUAUUUGGUGCUAAUGGGAGAACAGGAGGACAUUAGACACAAAAGAGGGGCUGAGCACAGCUACAAGAAUCCCGUCAGGAACUUUACUGUUGUGUCAGGUUUUAAACCUGGUGGAAGAAUGGGAGAUGAUGAAGUACCGACUAAAGAUCAGGGACUGUUUAUCUUCAGAAAACUAGACGGAGAUAACUGGUAUAUAGAACACGCAAACACAGGCCGCUACAUGCUGGCCCCAGACACAGUAGAUAUCAGAAACAGGAGGUGUCAGGAUCAGGGGUGGUUAGAGGCUUCAGGGACCAGAGCUGCUGAUAUGGAUUACUACGGCCUGGCUACCUAUAAAGUUAGGGUCUGGGCUAACGGAUUGUAUUUGGAGCACGCCAGAUCAGGCCGGUAUGUGAUAGCAACAGGGGAGAAAGAAAAGCCAGGACCCUUUACAGCAGUAAAUGCUGACUGUAACUACUACUACCGUGCCCUCUGGAAAUUCAUUGAGGCUUAGACUCUUACAAUAUUAUAUGGGACUUUUUUUCGAA